AUUUCUUCAUGCUGUAGCGUAUGAUUAUGAUAUGAUCGAAUCGAAUGAGGUGGACGAAACCAUCAAUAAAGGCAUAGGUCUGUUUCUGUUCGUCUUCUCUCUCUCUCUCUCUCCUAGCUAGGCUCUAGUCUUGUGGUCUGGUUAGUCGUCACUCCCGAGAUGGAAUCUCUCCUCCGAACCAUAACCCGGCAGGACCCGAGCCCGGAGGACUACAGCGACAUCGAGUUCUGGUCCAACCCGGAGCGCUCCGGCUGGCUCACCAAGCAAGGCGAGUACAUCCGCACCUGGAGGCGCCGCUGGUUCAUCCUCAAGCAAGGCAAGCUCCUCUGGUUCAAGGACAGCGUCGUCGCCCGCGGCUCCGUCCCUCGCGGCGUCAUCGCCGUCGGCAAGUGCCUCACCGUCAAGGGCGCCGAGGACGUCCUCAACAAGCCCUUCGCCUUCGAGCUCUCUACCAAUCAGGACACCAUGUAUUUCGUCGCAGAUUCCGAGAAGGAGAAGGAGGAGUGGAUCAAUUCCAUCGGCAGGUCCAUCGUCCAGCACUCCAGGUCCGUCACCGAUUCGGAGGUCGUCGAUUACGACAGCACCCGCCGGUGAUUCGAUUUCCGAUCUCCCCCCAAGUUGCAAAUUUUUAGGUUUGGCCUUUCUUCUCUCUCUUGCUUUCCCUUUCUCCCCUUCAGAUUGACCUGUUGGACGUGUAAGAGAACAAUUUGCGAAAAGGGUAGUUGGGGUUCUUUGUUGUUAGUGAUCGGAGUGUUUGAUCGGUGGUUUUGAGGUGAGUGUGUGUAUGGGCGGCGGCGAUCUUAAUCUCCCUCCGUUCUGGAUUGCUUACUAUCUAUGAAUUGGGGAUUGGAUGAUCCAUUGGGGUUUUCUGUAUCUGUUUAUUUUGGUUUUGUAAUUAAACGCAGUUUGGAGUCAGUAAUCAAAUCAGUGACCUUGUUUAAAGUUGUUGUUCUGCUGGGUGAUUCCUCAAAUUUGUUUCUAAAUGGCAGCACUCUUUUGAUUCUUCAUAUAAUUACCUGAAGCUUCAUACUGGCCAAUUGAAUUGCUGUUGGUGCCGAACUGAUUCCACCUGCUUCCUUCUGCUGCUUAAAUUACUUUCUGCAUUUGCUUGACCUCAAUGAUCAGAUUACCAUAUGAGAAAAACAGUAACGGUAGGUGGUAGGAGUAGCUUGCCUGCUGUCUUGUUUUAGUUCAAUCCAUUACAUGGCUUACAUCUAGUUGCAGAAAGAUUGGUGUUCAUGGAUCUGGAAGAUCUUGCCACUAAUGCGAUGGAUCUGCACUUGUUUGCCGAGCAGUCCCAUCCUGCUUGCAUCUAUCCAAUUGAACCACUGCCAUACUUGUUUGAUAUCUGCGUGUAUGGCACAUAUGCCCUUUAAUUUAUAGUCACCUAUUUGUGAGCACAAACAAAGAACUAGGAGCAUCCUAUUUGGUAUUAUCCUCUGGAUGUAUGCCGUUGCUGACAGCCGUCUCGUUCAGAUCGAGAGAGUGAGAGAGUCAUUCGGCGGGGUGAUUAAUAGAGCUUUCGAGGUGAGGGACCUAUUGGAGUGAGUUUCUCUGCAAUUCAUCAUCAGGUUUCCAGGUUUGCAGAUGAAUUAAUGCCUUCCCAUUCUGGCUUAUGGUUAACAAACAGGUGAAAAGUCUUACUGGCUUAUGCUCGAACUUGGCUAACAGGCUAAGUUUUGUUGUUUCGGUCGGUGGGAGGUAGGUCCAACUCUAAGCUCCAACCCGAAUGGUCAAAUAUUGCUGAUGUUUUUUAAAAAAAAAACAAAAUACACAUGUUUGGGUUUAAUCGCAGUCGUCAGAUGCAGUGAAGAGCAUCUUCGAACGAAUGUAACUUUGUGUCCGUCCGAUUAUUUGAUCAUAGCGAAAGUUUUUCUGAUUCUGCAUAAUUUUUCAAGAUCUAGCAUCCCGCCUUCGGCCUGAAAAUAUGUCGUUAGCUGCCCCAAACGAGCAAUUUUUCGAUUUCGCCAAAGUUUGGACGACCAUAACUUACUGCUCUACAACCCGUACGCCAUAAACUUGUUUUUUUUAAUUUCGCAUAACUUUUUAAGGACAACAAUUUUUAGUUUCAUAAUGUAUGUUUAUUUGUGGAAAGUAAAACAAAAGUUAUUGCAUAAACCAUGUAUAUCCAAAAAGAUUUCCUAAAAUUCCUUCCUAAUAAACAUUGUACGACGUGUUGUCAAAAACACAGAUUGUAGAAUCAACAAGCAUCUUUCGUCUUUUUGACGUACCUACUAGGGUUGGCCACGGAAAUGCGAUAAUAGGAGCUUCUAGAGACAUAAAGAAGGAGCAAUGAGUGAAGAUCAGAAGGGGGAAUCGUUAUGGCGAUUUUUGUCUCUUUUACUCUUAUGCAGGGAUGGCAAAAAUAUUCGUAACCAAGGAUAUCCACCCGAAUCCGGUUUAAUUGGGAAAGGUAAAAUCUGAACCCAAAGGAUAUCUAGUGAGUACGAGUAAAACCAAAACCCGAAUAUUGUAGGUAAUGGGUGGGCAUGGGUAUCUCACUAUCUAUCCAGAACCCGCCCGAUUAUACACCUGCAUAUGUAUUUUAUCUAGAAAUAAUCAUUAUUUUUCUCU